AGCCAGGUUACUAGUGUGCAGGUGUAAAGGGGGGAUCAGCGUCGACAGUGAGUACACAGUCCUAACGGAAAAUGGGAGGCUGCUGCACCUGCUAUCGAGGAUCCAGAACGUCUCCAGAAGAUCCUGAAGAAGAAAAAUUAAAGAACAGUAAGAUCAUCUUCGUGGUCGGAGGACCAGGCUCUGGCAAGGGGACCCAGUGUGAAAGGAUCGUCCAAAAGUAUGGCUACACCCAUCUGUCCACUGGAGACCUACUGAGGGCAGAAGUGUCCUCAGGAACAGAGAGAGGGAAGACCCUGUCUGCCAUCAUGGAGAGGGGAGAGCUAGUGCCUUUGGACACCGUCUUGGACAUGUUGCGAGACGCUAUGGUCGCCAAGGCUGACACCUCCAAAGGAUUUCUCAUAGACGGAUACCCACGUGAAGUCAAGCAGGGAGAAGAGUUUGAGAAGAAGAUCGCACCCCCCUCACUGCUCCUGUACAUUGAUGCUGGAUCGGACACAAUGGUGAAACGGUUAUUGAAGCGCGGUGAGACCAGCGGCCGGGCUGAUGAUAAUGAAGCCACCAUUAAAAAGAGACUGGAGACUUAUUACAAAGCCACAGAACCCGUCAUCGCCAUGUAUGAAAGCAGAGGCAUUGUGAGAAAGAUCAACGCCGAAGGAUCAGUAGACGACGUCUUCAAACAAGUCAGCGAAGGCCUGGACGCCCUUAAAUAAACUGCAAAAAAAGAAGCAAACAAAAAUGCCUUAUUCUUUUCUGUACGCAACAUUCUUAUGCCUUAUUCUCCGACCCCCCCCCCCCCCUUCCUCAAAAAAAAAAAAGCUAACAAACUUAGCGCGGAGUGUUUGAACAUUCGUCCAGGUCAACGUCGCUCUGUCUGCCAGCGCCCCCCUCACACGUCAUCUAGUCCCGUCCAGAGACUUGAAGGAAUUUGCCCUUCUUCCCGUAGGAAGGUGCGUUCUGCAACCCCGAUCCCCUUCUGUCUGUUGUUGUCCUCCCUCACUUCCUGUUUUCCUGAACAGUAAACGACUUCAAGGAAACAUUUUCAGGUC